AUGAGAGAAGUCUCUUUUUUUGAUGUCAAAACCCAUGUGAAAAUCAUCAACGCUUGUAUCGUGCUGCAUAACCUUAUUAGGAUAGAAGCUCCGAAUGAGCCGAUGCUGGAUAAAGUUGAUGCGGAGCUUCUUACUAGAAAUAACCAAGAUGAUAAUGCUCAAGGUUGUGAGGAUGACGAAGACACUAAACCUGUGCAUGGUGGUGAAGAUGAGGAAGACAGUCCACAUGUGCAUGGUGCUGCACAGAACUCCAGCCAAAUUACUGUAGUUCAACCUACUUAUGAAUGGAGCCGAUUUAGGGAUUCGUUAGCUGAAACUAUGUUUCGUGAUUAUCAAAAUAAACGUAGCCUGUAA